CAUAUGGCGUCAAAAUGGUAAAGGUCCUGCCGUGUACGUGCAACCAACGUUUUGCCUGAAGGCGCCGCAGCGAAGCCUAUACUAAUAGCGCUGCCGCUUGGGGCUCAAGGAGAGGCAGAAUUGUGAGAAGUAGGUUGUCAAAGGACGCGAAGCACGCAAGCAAUCAGGCGUUGCCAUCGGGCAUUUGGAUUGUGCCUCGCAGGAAACUUAAAGCUUUCCACGAAGGUGAAGGACCUGGAAGGUGUCCUCCUGAAAAUUCGAUAGCUGCUGCUUCUGAGGUUCGGCGGGCUCAGCCAACCAUGGCGGGUGUGGAGUCAAAGAUGGCGGAUCUUACUGUGAGCAACAAGCCGGAGGCUGCCGAGACGUCUGACGCGGUUGAUGGGAAGAAGAAAGAGAAGAAAGAGAAGAAAGAAAAGCCUCAGAAGGAGAAGAAACCUCAGGGGCAGGGGGCCGGCCAGUCAGGUGGCAAGAAGGAGAUGAAGAAGGAGACGGGAUUGGGCCUGUCUACAAAGAAGAGCGAUGACUUUGGCGAAUGGUACUCAGAGGUGGUAACGAAGGGGGAGAUGAUUGAGUACUACGAUGUUUCCGGGUGCUACAUCCUCAGACCAUGGUCGAUGAGCAUCUGGGAGGCGAUUAAGGACUUCUUCGACAAGGAAAUCAAGAAGAUGGGAGUUGAGAACGCCUACUUCCCCCUUUUCGUGUCGAAAGCUGCACUAGAGGCCGAGAAGGAGCACGUUGAGGGUUUCGCUGCUGAGGUUGCCUGGGUGACCAAGUCUGGUGAUUCGGACCUUGAAGUGCCCAUCGCCGUCCGUCCCACGUCCGAAACGGUCAUGUACCCCGUAUACGCCAAGUGGAUCCGGAGCCACCGGGAUCUGCCCCUCUUGAUCAACCAAUGGAACAACGUAGUCCGUUGGGAGUUCAAGCACCCUACCCCCUUCAUCCGGAGCCGGGAGUUCCUGUGGCAAGAAGGCCACACAGCGCACGCCACCAAAGAGGACGCGGACAAAGAGGUGUUGGAGAUCCUGGAGCUGUACAAGCAGGUGUACGAGGACCUGCUGGCGGUCCCAGUCAUCAAGGGCAUCAAAAGCGAGAAGGAAAAGUUCGCGGGGGGGCUCUACACCACCACCAUCGAGGCGUUCAUCCCGGCCACGGGGAAGGGCAUCCAGGCGGCCACGUCGCACAACCUGGGCCAGAACUUUGCCAAAAUGUUCGACAUUGCGUAUGAGGCCCUUGAUGGGGGGCGCAAGCUGGUGUGGCAAAAUUCCUGGGGGCUCACCACGCGGAGUAUUGGCGUCUCCGUCAUGGUCCACGGCGACGACAAGGGCCUGGUGCUCCCUCCCCGGGUCGCCCCCGUGCAAGUCGUCGUGAUCCCCAUCCCCUUCAAGGGCCUCAGCACGGAUGAGCUCAGCGCCGCGUCCGCUGACAUCACCAAGCAGCUGCGAGCGGCCGGUCUGCGGGUGAAGGAGGACGCGCGCGAAAACUACUCUCCCGGCUGGAAGUACAGCCAUCACGAGCUGAAGGGAGUGCCCCUGCGGCUGGAGCUGGGGCCGAAGGACCUGGAGAAGAAGCAGGCGCGGCUGGUUCGACGGGAUACGGGCGCCAAGGAGGACGUCCCCUGGGCGGACCUGACGGCCCACGUGGAAGCCGUGCUCGCGGACAUCCAAAAGAGCAUGCUGGAAAAGGCGCGCGCCGAGCUGACGGCCAACAUCAAGACGAUCACCAAGUGGGACGACUUCAUCCCCGCGCUGAACGAGAAGAAGAUUGUGCUCGCGCCCUGGUGCGACGAGAUGGCGGUGGAAGAUGACGUGAAGAAGCGGAGCGCAGCCGGCGAGGGGGGUGCCGCCAAGACGCUAUGUAUGCCCUUCGACCAGCCAGGAUUCAAGCUGCCUGAGUUGGCCGAAGGCACUCUCUGCUUCGCAUCUGGAAAGCCCGCCAAGAAAUGGGCAUUGUGGGGGAGGAGUUAUUAGGCCUUAGCUCUUCCAGUGGUAGUUGACCGAAAGUUGACCGAUGACUUGCUGGCUGGCGUUCCACUUGUUUAACGAUGGCCGUGUCGGCCAAUCUAUCGGUGCUCUACAGCUUAUGUAAGCCCGAUUGACUGUCAGAUUGAUGCGUAAAGAGAAGGGGCACUGCGAGAAUGAACAUUAAGCAAGAUUGCUGCGACCACGAUGCCCGCAAUGGCCUGUAGAGGCCGCCAUUGUAAGGCAUUGACUCAGGUAAACUGCUGCACGUUUCAGAGCAGUUUGGUCAUGUGCAUACUUGGCUUCACAUAGUCAACUUCUCUCAUGAUGCAGCCCACAAGUAAUAAGCAGCUAGGUUUACGUAUGAG